UUCGUCGCUACUACUAUUAAGCUAAAAAUUAGGUCUACUAUUAUGACAUUUAUUGUUAAACGAUCACUUAACUUCCUUUAGUGAUGCCUCGUUUUAUUUCAGAACUACACUUUUUACUACAUAAUGUCAAUUUGAACUAUAUAAAAUCAACUACACUAAAGACACGAGAGAUACAUGCAAACUGAGUGAGUGGUUGUUGCAGCCGGAACGUCCGCACGGCAGCACUGUGUGCCACCCGGACCUUAUUGACUACGAGAAAACAGCAAGCAGGAGCACUUGAAUUAUGACAGAUACAACGAAAGCUGAAGAUGAUGAGCGACCUCUCCCUGCCAAUUGGAUCUUACAGCACCCAAAGUAUCAAGAAAUGAUGAAUUUGGAGAUUGGAGACGAGAGUCAAGUUUACGCGGCAUUCUUAGUUUACCUUGAUCUUCUAGAAGUCCGUCAGUGGCAGGACGUGUGUAGCAGAGGCAGUCCUCAGUUGCAGCUGGUGCUGCUGGAGGGCCGGGAGAAGGAGGGGGACCCGCUGCAGGUCGUCCUCCCGAUGCCCGCGCACAGGACUCUCAGCCACAGAUGGGUGCGCUCAGUGCUGAAUGGUGGUGACUCCAUGCUCUUGUGUGCCGUGGCCUCAGAUUCCAGCUUGGUAUACCAGAGGUUAUGUGAGGGCCUCUUGACUCCGGACCCCCCCAUGGACAUCCAGGACCAGGGUCGGCGCCAGCAUCGCAAGCGCAGGCUGCGCUGAGGGCCACAGGCUGCACCAUCACCACUGGCCUGUUUUUUUAAUAUAAUUAAUGACCAUCUGUGGUCUAUCUUGGUUGUAGUGAUGCUGUCCGUACAGAAGGGGGCAGUAACAACCUGGCACUGAGAUGUCAUGUUAGGCUCAGGGCAGAGAAAGGACAGGUAAACAUGACAGAUAUGGCAGCGAGUAGGAUUAACACGACAUGGAGCUGAUGCCUGUCCCGACAGUCACAUGAUCAAGGUCACAAGUUCAAACAGUGUUUUUUUAUUUUCAUAAAAAAGGGGGGAAAUUCAGUAAAAAAAAAAAAAAAAACAGAUUAAAGUAUAAAGGCAGUAAGAGGCUGGGACUGUGUCUCUGCUGGACUGCGUCUUGAACCCUGGGAGUGUGCUCCUGCGGGACAGGAAGAACUGAAGGUCAGCCUGGACCAUCUGCCUCCCUCCGAGGGGGAACUGGCGGAUGCUGAUGCCACAGCGAUAGGCGGGCGCUAGGGGCUGGGUUUCUGCAUGUGUAAUGGAAUUCUGGGAAAUGUGACUCAGUGCGUGAGGCGGGCUGUGUGUGACAUCCCUGGAAGCCCCCUGCAUGUGUAGAUAUUUGGUGCAUCUCUGUAUUAAAAAAACUGCUCAUUACUGGUUGAA